AUGCCUCCCAAGACCCGCGCGAAAAAUGUCGAUGUGCAUCCCGGUGAUGCGGUCCCGAAGCAACGGCGACGCAGCAAGGCUGAGAUACAGGAGGCGGCUGAGGCCGAGAAACUCAGCAAAAAACAGGCAGAGGUAAAAACCAGGAAAAAACUCACCAAAGUUGCCCAGGCAGAGGCUGCUAUUCUCCGCAACAAGGAGGCAGACGAAGCAAGCGAGCCUCGUGUUCGUCCUCGGCGGCAGCCUCUGAAGCGUAGCCACGCGUUGUUGGACGUCACACAGCCAGAAUCUGACAAGGAGAACCAUGGUAUCAGCUCAGAUGGUGAAAGCAAGUCAUCCUUUGUACCUGAGGGCUUCAUGGAUCCUAGCUCGGACUUCGAGGUUCCCGUUGCUCAACCUCGCGCAAAGCCCACCACCAAGUCCAAGAAGAAAAAAGGCGUCUCUAUACGCGCUGAGAUCGAGCUACUUCGUCACCAUGGCUUGUUGGCCAUUGACGAAGCGCAGGAGGCGGAGGAAGAGGUGAUGGUGAUGGAAGAAGAGCCUCAGAUGCCAAUCCCACCUAAGGUCAAUCUUCGCAGGGCCUGGGAGACGCGAGGUGCCAGCGUGAACACAAUCGAAGAAGCCAUGAUGCCGCCGGCGAAGAGGGUCAAGACGGGAACAAAGUUCCCCGGUGAGAAGGCUGCUGAGAUUCAAUCUUUCGAUGUGAACAAGGCACCCAAGGUGCCGAAAGGCAAGGGACGCGAGAGGGCUGUCACGUUCAGCGACAACGCUGAGCCUGAGCAUGCCCUGGAGCCUGAAACUCCCCAUCCCCGUCCCACGAAGCCUCACUCGCGUGCACCAGACAACCUCUUCACCCCCGGACCCGGCCCAGCACCUCACCGUAAAGCCACCUUUAUUCCCGAUUCUCCCCUUACUCCGGAGGAGGCAUCUCCUGUCAAAUUCGGUGGAAUUGCGGAUCACAAAGAUGGAUCCGAUGAUGAAGAGCAGAUUGCGGCAAAGUUGAGUCCUGUUAAGGCUGGAAGGCGUGUAACCUCGACAGCCAUUGUCGCGAUUCAGCCUGCGAAACUGCUGAAGGAGGUGCAGCCCAGCAAGCCAUCUGUCAAGAAGACGAAGACGCCCACGGACAUAGAGAGGCCGCAUGCUGCUCCUCCGAGUCCGAGUCGUGCCGUCCCUCAUGCCCACUCUAGUAGCCACAGCGUAGAGGCUUUUGAUGCUGACUCUGAUGACGGCAUUCUCAAUGCCCGGCCUGUGCAGUUCCGUUCAAGGGCUGAGCCUACGGUUGGCCACGGAGAAAGAUCCGAGAGAUCCUCUCAGCAUGAGUCUGUCCCAACCAAAGUCAGCUGCGCACCAAGCACCGUUCCAAGCCGUCCGCCCUCGACAAGGGCUACCAACAAAGAUCUCCCAGCUGGUGUCGACCAGGCAACCUUCCGCCGGGUUUACAUUGAAACGGUUAUCAAGUAUGCCGCAAGACUCACCAAUCCUUGGGAAAAUGCGAGUGCCUUGCACAUCAAGAUCUACCAGGCAGUCUGGAACACUGUAUUCCCUGAGGUUCCUCAUACGUUCAGCCUGAAUCAUACAGAUGAUAAAGUCCUGUCGCUGAUCACUCAACGCACGUAUGAAUGGCGUACAAGGCUUGCCGGAGAAGCGAUCAACGCUGUGCUCCAACUUGAGAACAGCGAUGCCGAGUUCAAGGACCUCGAAUACCGCAAGGCGUGGGUUACUUGGGCUCUUAAACCCAAGUACUGGGGCUUCACGUUCGCUGUGGCCGACUCUGAAAAUCCCAAUGACUGGGAGGGUUCGUUUGAGUCAGAUAUUGUUGCUAAGACAUUUGCGGCUCACUUCAAGUUCAUCAACCGCGCUAUCACCGUGAAGAGUCUUCCCCACCUGACAUUGGUUCCUCCUGGAGGCGCGUUGGCACUUUCCCUUGUUGCUGUGGAGCGCGCCUUGGAACUCUGGUCCCAGGACGUGCUCAGCCCCUCUCCUAACGGUACCCAAGUAACCCUACCAAUGUUCGACUCCGCCACUUGGGCCACUAAAACCGCUGGCUGGACCCAGAGCUUCCUUAAGCUCAGCCUCGAGAGCUGGGGUGACAUAAUCGAGACCGCGCAGAGUUUUACUUCUGCGGCGUGUAAGCCCCCGGUCAAGGACAAGGUUAUGUUGGCAGAGCCUCUUGAUGCCCGUGCGAGCUUUGUUCCCCGGCCGAGGCGGAAGUAG